AUGCAAGUACGGGAACAUUUGGACGCACUCUGUACUGAGCACAUCGAUGCGGGAAAGUCAACUCGAUGGGCCGAUCAACGGGAACUUUUGGACGCACUCUGUACUGAGCACAUCGAUGCGGGAAAGUCAACUCGAUGGGCCGAUCAACGGGAACUUUUGGACGCACUCUGUACUGAGCACAUCGAUGCGGGAAAGUCAACUCGAUGGGCCGAUCAACGGGAACAUUUGGACGCACUCUGUACUGAGCACAUCGAUGCGGGAAAGUCAACUCGAUGGGCUGAUCAACUUCUCGCUGUG